GACGAAAACUCUUUAACGUCCACAUCCAGCGGGACCGAAAAAUACUUCAAAAUGAGGCCUAUUCUACUACAAGGCCACGAACGGUCCUUGACUCAAAUCAAGUUCAACGCCGAAGGCGACCUCUUAUUCACCUGCUCAAAAGAUAACGUCAUCAACGUCUGGUUUUCUCACAAUGGUGAACGACUCGGGACGUAUGAAGGGAAUAACGGGACGGUGUGGACGGUUGAUGUUGAUUCAGAAUCACGAUUCAUGGUAUCCGGUGCUGCGGACAACACACUGCGGUUAUGGGAGGUCGCGACGGGCAAGUGCCUCUACACAUGGGAGUUCCCGACGGCUGUGAAGCGGGUGGCGUUCAGAGAGGACGACUCGCAGGUUGUGUGUAUCACUGAGCAGCGGAUGGGGCAUCAGUGUGCUAUUCGGGUAUUUGACAUUAACCGGGAGGGAGAUGGGACGAAACAAUCGAAGGAACCUCGGUAUAUGUUCAACCCCAUCGGAUCAAAAGCGACGGUGUGCGCGUUCACGCUGGUACCUGAUAUCAUUAUCACCGGGCACGAAUCCGGCAAGGUCGCGUUGUUCAAUGUAAAGACGGGCGAAGAGAUUGAGAAUAACGAACGGGCGCAUGGUGAAGUUGUCACGGACCUACAGCUGAGCAAGGACCGAACGUACUGUAUCACUAGCAGCAAAGACAAGUCUGCACGGAUACAUGACAUGAAAACUCUCAUGGUUAUCAAAACGUUCACAACGGAAACACCGCUGAACAGUGCCGCUCUCGCGCCUAACAAACCAUACGUCCUCCUCGGUGGUGGCCAAGAAGCCAUGAGCGUCACUACCACCUCCUUGCGCCAGGGUAAAUUCGAAACACGGUUCUGGCAUAAAGUAUUCGAAGAAGAGGUCGGCCGAGUCAAAGGGCAUUUCGGGCCCAUCAAUACCAUCGCCAUACAUCCCGCUGGAACGGGCUACGCUUCUGGUGGAGAGGACGGGUUCGUGCGGGUGCACCACUUUGAUGAGUCGUAUUUCAAGGCGGAGCCCUAUGGGCCGAUGCAGAUCGAGGAUUGAUGGCGGCCUUGGGCGUUGUGUUGUUGUAAUGUAGAUGAUCUACACGCUGCGCUGCGAUCCUGACAUUUCCUGUCCGCUGGGAACCUUGAGACUGAGCGUAUGCUGCGUGUCCUUGUGGCUCUUACAUCGCGUAGCCGCCUGCAAGAACAAGAUCAUUAUCUCAGUUUCACGAUAGGCCAUAGAACACGCUCGCCGCUCUUUCAUUACCACGAAGUUAGCACUGGGCCACAGCUUUAAUAGAGCUUCCAUGGCAGAGACGAAUAAAUGUGGUAUAGAACUGC